UGCGCAGUGCGCGUGCCCGCCGCGCCUGGGAGUGGCGGAGGCGCGCUCCGGGUGUGUGUAAACCGAGAGAGAUCGGUGCGGGGAGAGUGGGGCUGCUGGCCGAGUCGGUGUUUAUCCACGUGCAGGCUGCAGACUGAGCUGAUGUGAGGAUGCACUCAGGCUUCGCAGCGAGAGUUUACAAACAGAGGCAGAAACAGCUGGGGGCAGGCAGACACGACCAGGCCUUCAAGUACCUCGGGCAGGAUUACGAGAGGCUCCGUGAUGACUACCUCGCCCGAGGGGGUCUGUUCGAGGAUCCGCAUUUCCCUGCAGGCUCCACCAGCAUUGGGUAUAAAGAGCUAGGCCCGCACUCCUCCAAAACGUACGGCAUCUGCUGGAAAAGGCCAAAGGAAAUAUGUUCCAACCCACAGUUCAUCGUGGAUGGAGCGACACGCACUGACAUUUGUCAGGGAGGUUUGGGUGACUGCUGGCUGUUGGCAGCCAUCGCCUCCCUGACUCUGAACGAGAAGAUCCUCCAUCGAGUGGUACCCCACGGCCAGAGCUUCCAGCAUGGCUACUGCGGGAUCUUCCAUUUCCAGUUCUGGCAGUUUGGUGAAUGGGUGGAAGUGGUGAUCGAUGACCGACUCCCGGUAAAAGAUGGAAAGCUGGUGUUUGUGCACUCGGCGGCUAGGAAUGAGUUCUGGAGUGCCCUCCUGGAGAAAGCCUACGCCAAAUUAAAUGGUUCUUAUGAAGCUCUCUCGGGAGGUAGUACAUCUGAAGGUUUUGAAGAUUUCACGGGAGGAGUGACAGAAAUGUAUGACCUUCGGAAAUCGCCCCAUGACCUUUACCAAAUUAUCGAGAAGGCUCUGGAACGUGGUUCACUCAUGGGCUGCUCCAUUGAUAUCACCAGCCAGUUCGACAUGGAGGCUGUGACGUUCAAGAAGCUGGUCAAAGGUCAUGCUUACUCCCUUACUGGUGCCCGAGAGGUACAUGCCCGGGGAGGUUUGGCUAAACUAGUGCGAUUGCGAAAUCCCUGGGGGGAGGUGGAGUGGACUGGAGCCUGGAGUGACAGGUCGAGUGAAUGGAACAGUGUGGACCCCUCGGACUGCAGCUCGAUGAGAAUAAAGUUGGAGGACGGCGAGUUCUGGAUGUCCUUUGCUGACUUUCUCAGAGAAUUCAACCGCUUGGAAAUUUGCAACCUGACGCCGGAUACUCUGAAAUCGGAAACGAUCUGCAAUUGGAGCACCUCUCUGUACGAGGGCUCCUGGAGGCGUGGGAGCACCGCUGGAGGCUGCCGGAAUUAUCCAGCCACGUUCUGGAUCAACCCCCAGUUUAAGAUUGAACUGAAGGAAGAGGAUGACGACCGGGUGGGAACAGAACCCGGCUGCAGCUUCCUGGUUGCCCUGAUGCAGAAAGAUCGCCGCAAACUCCGCACCGCGGGCAGGGACAUGGAGACCAUCGGCUUUGCCAUCUACGAGGUCCCCCCUGAGUACACCGGACGCUCGGCUGUUCACCUGAAGCGGGAUUUUUUCCUGACGCACGGCUCGCAAGCUCGUUCCGAAAUGUUCAUCAACCUCCGAGAGGUCAGUAGCCGCUUCAAGCUGCCUGCCGGAGAGUACAUCAUCGUCCCCUCGACCUUUGAACCCAACAAAGAGGCCGACUUCUGCCUGAGGGUGUUUUCUGAGAAGCGCUCUCACUCUGAGGAACUCGAUGAUGAAAUCAGUGCUGACCUCGGACAGGAGGAGGAAGUACCUGAACACGCAAUUGAUGAAAAAUUCAAGAGUCUCUUCAGGCAGUUGGCUGGAGCGGACAUGCAGAUCACAGUGACGGAGCUCCAGACAAUCCUUAACCGUGUGGUAGGAAAACACCAAGACCUGAAGACCGAUGGUUUUAGUCUGGAUUCCUGUCGAUGUAUGAUCAAUCUCAUGGAUCGAGACGGGAACGCCAGGCUGGGCCUGACCGAGUUCAACGUGUUGUGGAACAAGAUUCGCAAGUGGCUGGGAGUUUUUCGACAGUUUGAUCUGGAUAAGUCCGGCAGCAUGAACGCCUACGAGAUGAGGCUAGCGUUGGAGUCUGCAGGGUUUAAACUGAACAAUCACAUGCACAACCUGCUCAUCACACGCUACGCGGAGCCUGACCUUUCUGUCAACUUUGAUAACUUCAUCUGCUGUUUAAUCCGCUUGGAGAGCAUGUACAGAUCCUUUGUGAUGCUGGAUACAGACCGAGAUGGUAUUGUCACUUUUGAUGUGUAUCAGUGGCUGAUGCUGACCAUGUUUACUUGAGAUCGAUGCUGUGAAGUCUUGCCUCCUCCUCCUGCUGCUACGCCCCACAUGUGUGCUUCCCACACCAAGUGCCUUCCGCUGCGUAGACGGUGGACACCAGCCUUGUCCCAUGUCUUACCAACGUCCCUCGCAUCCCUCCCCCACCAGCAAACACCCCUCCCAGCUGCAGCUACGUUUUAUCUUGGAUUCGGAGCCAGGUUUCCGGGUGCUGUUUUAUGACUGUGUACGUGUCUGUUUUUUUUAAUUAUUAUUUCCAAAGGGGCUGCCAAACCUUUUACAGGAAACUUAAAUAAAACGUAUCGACAGAAUUAAAAAUGCAA